CAAAAUCCAAAGCUCAGCCAUUUCCUUCCCCUCGGAAUUAUGCAGGAGGGUUUAGUGCUCUUCCGCCUCCUCUAAGCCCCUCGCUUCUCUGACUCCGACUCUCCGUCGCAGGAAGCCGGCAGCUCUUGUAAGGUUAUCUCUCAUACAGCUCUUCUCUUGCGCCCCAUGACUUCAAUUCCUGAAUUUCCAGCACCUUUUUUCUUCUGGAUUCAUCCUUAUCUUCUUAAUUUCGGUGAUUUGGAAAUCUGCAUACUCUUUCGCUAGACUGGUUUAGCAGGGUUGUAUAGCUUCCAACUUGGAUUUUGCUUUCUUGAUAGAGGACUUUUGUAGAGAUGAGUAUGUCUGGACUGGCUGUUGCUCCCUCGAAGUGUGGUGUGUGGGCACCUAUCUUGGGGUCUUCCAGCCGACAUGUGCUAGCCGUUAGUGGCGGGCAUAGUAUUAGAGAGAAGAAGAUUGGGUUUCUCCCAUUGCAAAGAAGUUGGGCAACAACACUGGUGCAAACAAUCAAACCACGGCAAACUUAUGUACUCAAAUGCAUUAUGGAUGCUUCGUAUGGUGGAGAUAGGACGGAUCACGAAUCUGUUGUAUUUCCCAGAAUCAAUGUAAGGGACCCUUACAAACGGCUUGGGAUAAGCAGGGAGGCCUCUGAGGAUGAAAUUCAAGGUGCACGAAACUUCCUGAUUCAAAGAUAUGGUGGACACAAACCGAGUGUGGAUGCGAUUGAAACAGCCCAUGACAAGAUAAUUAUGCAGAAGUUUUAUGAUAGAAAGAACCCCAAAAUCGAUAUCAACAAAAAGGUCAGGGAAGUUAAGCAGUCCCGAGUUGUGCAGGCCGUGACAAACAGAUUCUGCACGCCAUCAACAAGUUUCAUUGUUAAAACAACAGUUGCAUUCCUUGUACUUGGAGCUCUCACUGUUCUGUUUCCAACUGAGGAAGGCCCAACCCUUCAAGUAGCCAUCUCUCUGGUGGGUACUAUGUACUUCAUAUAUGACCGAUUGAAGAGCAGACUGAGAGCUGUGCUUUAUGGGGUUGCAGCUUUCAUUUUCUCAUGGCUGAUCGGAACCUUCUUGAUGGUAUCUAUAAUCCCUCCAGUACCAAUAAUUAAAGGACCUAGGAGCUUUGAAGUGAUAACUUCGUUACUAACCUAUGUGCUGCUGUGGGUUUCCUCCACCUAUCUGAAGUAACAACUGAUUCCUGCCCCAAGUACUUAGCUCUUUAUAAGACAGCGAUUUUGGUGGGAGAGAUGGCUUUCUUUAGUUACCGUUAGUUGUUUAACUUGGGCAUCUAGUUGAUUUUUUUCCAUGUUUUCCAAUGAGAGCGGCAAUGUUUCUAGAAAUUUUUAUCAGGGGAGUUGGUAAUAGGAGCAAAUAGUUGUUGAGGAAAGGGACUUUUAUGCUGGAAGAUGAAAGUGAGAUACACCUGAGUCUUCAGUUGUGUAGUUAGUUAAUCAUCAUCUGUUGCAUCUUGCCGUACAUUCUUGAGGUUUAGUCUUUAAUCUCCAUCUUUGAGCUGAGCCAAAGAUCGCAGAAUCACUCCUGGAAUUGUUAGAGAGUUGCCAAAAUCGACAUUUCAUUUUGUGGGGUCGAGAUAUUUUUAUACAUUAACUUCAAGGAACAUUUUUCGAGUUUUUCUGGUCCAGUUGCAGCAAAUCAAUAUAGUCACCCCAU